AUGGCCGCGCUUUCGAAGGACGGGGGGGUGGCGGCUGUGGCGGCGGCGGCAGCGAGGACGGGGGCGUCGACGCCGGCAAGAAGAGCGGCAGGAGCCGAGGAGCAGCCUGGAGUGGCGGCGGCUACUCCCAAGAAAAAACGGGCAUCACUGCAAGAGCUUCACCUUGCUAUAUUCCAGGGCGACACGGCAAAGGUGGAGGAAGUGGUUGCACGUGGUGAUGCGCGAGCGCUGAGCGAGGCCGACAGGCACGGGCAAACGCCUCUUCACCUCGCGUGUUACAAGGGAUCGAGAGUGAUGACUCGCCUGCUCGUGGAGGGGGGAGCGAACCUGGAGGCGGUGGACGUGAACGGCAACGGGGUGGUCCACGCUGCGGUCUGCGACUCCCCCGCCGUCCUGGCCAUCCUCAUCGACCACGGGGCGGACGUGACCGUGUCUAACUUCGACGGACUCACGCCACAGAGGCUUUGCGAGCAGUACUGCCCUCCCCGCUUGAAGGAGCGAAUGCUGCAGCUGCUGAAGGAGGCAGCCCUGGCGCAGGCCAAGGCCACCGCCCGAAAGAACCAGGUUGCAGAAGAGCAGGUCAACAUCGAGGCGGUCUACCACCAGCUGGCGAUGCUGCGGUCCAAGCUGGCGGCGACGGCGGCCGCCAACACGGACAUACCGGCUUCGGAGGCGGCGGAGGGCGCCCAGAUGGAGAACGCCCUGCUGACUCUCGUGGAGGCUAACGUUAGGGUCGUGGAGGGUCAGAGACACGCGUUGGAGAACAUGGAGAGGACGGUCGACAGGAUGGAGCGCAUGUUCCGAAGGCUACACAUGCGGCUCGAUUUGGUGCACCCGGGGGACGUUAGCUUCUCCUAAGAGAUACAGCAAGCCCCCCGAAGCGAUAGAAUGAAAUGACAUUUUCCCCCAGAGCGAAAUCGGGGCGACGAAGAUUGUUGGCUCGAAAACGCAGUCGCCUUGUUUUCUUUAGCCGUGCAACUGUAGAUUUCCCUGCCGUUCGUACCUGUUGUAUUUGUUUUUUCUGCCGUCAUGUACGUCUCACCCUAGAUUUACAAUUUUUUUUUUUUAGGGGGGGGGGGGUCCUCGUGGUUGGCACCUUGCGGGGGGGGUUCUGGUGACUACGUAUGUGUUCCUGUCGUGUGGUACAACGUUUUCGCCCAUUUGGCCUCUCCGGCGAGCGCACCGGCGGUAUUUUCAUCCACCCUGCGUUUUUCGUAUUUUUUAUGCGCUGUCCUUAACACACCUAGAUCGCGGGCUAACCCGGCUACACGGCGGAAUGGAGCUAGUGCAUGGCAUACAUGUCUUUCUCUCUCACGUCCUUACGUAAACUCUCUCUCUCUCUCUCUCUCUCUCUCUCUCUCUCUUUCUCUCUCUUUGCUGUAUUCUGUGGGUGUUGAUACAUAACAAGUCUCUCUUGUAUUCACGUGUCGCCUGCAUGCGUGUCAAUGCUUCCGUGUGUCGUCGUCGCCAUCGUCGUAUCCGGUGUUGUUGGUGUUGUCGUUGUUGUUGUGGCUGUAGUUGCCGUCCUUGUCGUAAUGAUGCUGUUGUCGCCGCCGUUUUCAUGUGGGCGCGACUCGCAGUUAGCGUGCGUCCCCUAAAACUAUCGAACCCUACCCCACCGGGGUAUACUCCUCCCCGCAACUGAUGUCGUUUUUGUUGGGGGCGGGCGGAGGGGGCUCUUCCUUAUUACACUCCAGUUUUCAACUUUGUCGGGGCAGAGAAAGGGCUACUUGGCACUUACUGCCUUUUGUAGAAUCGUCGCGGCACAUGAAGCAACACCCGAAACGGAACCAGGUCGGUUGCAGCGGGGACGCUUUUUUUUUUUUUUUUUUAACCGCGACGACCAGGGAGGUGUCUUCUGACUGCCUUUGGUAGCGGAGCAACGAACAGGAUGUUGGUGGUGGUGGUGGUGGGUUUGUGAUGAAUGGGCGUGGGUAGGUUACUGCUAUUGCGAUAGUAAGGCGCCGGUGGAGGUGUACGUGGGUGUGGGUUGGUCGGAGGCGGCAAGCAAGCUCGGCCCAGGAGGACGGCUGCAAGCGCGCUUCUUUUGUUGGGGGAAGGUGUGUCGAGCACUAUUUACCGACGCGUUGCCUGCUAUUAGAGUUGAUAUUCUCUGCGGGAAGGGGGACGGGUCACGAUCGUACGCAGGUACUCCGGACGCGUUAUUGUAGAAAGCGCCAUGUAACACCCAGAGGUUGGUAUGGUAGUUGUAUUGUAUUGGGAAACUUGGCGUGCGGCUUUCUUUUUCUUGGGGCGGGGGUGGCGUUGCUGCGGUUCGUGUGUCCCCCUCACCUGCGGUGCGCGUGCAUCGGGGUGGAUUGAAGGAGGUGCGCGUUGUUACGCUGCUGCCCCUCUCUCCGCUGGCUUGUUGGAGGUCGGAUUUAAAUAUGAAACCUAGCCGGACUUUCCGGACCUCAGUUGUAGUAAUAGUUGACGACAUGCGAGCUUUUUGCCUGAUGAUCGGUUGGAAGACCUUGCACCUCAACCGGUGGUGUUUCGUUGCCGUAGAUAGUAGCGGCCGGAGUAGAUAGAACGUUUGUUCGUUGUGGCGGACGGAGAUCCCUUCACUGCUUUUUGUGAGUACAGACACCGCCGGCGGGAUCGUGGUCGGCCCGCAAGGACGAAGCGAUAUACGUACGGUGGUGGCGGAAGGUCGGGGGGUUCGCUGACGUUCCGUUCCGGUAGAUUGUAGUAAUAGGCUGAUGGUGUUUUUCAUUCAUCAUGCGGUACGCGUUCGCGCGAGAAGUAGACGUUUUAUUGGUCGCUGGGAUGUUUUCCGGCACGUUGUUCUUUUUUAGAGAAUUGAACGGCGAAAUGACUGGGGGGUGGUGGUAAGCGCAAUUCUGGGCUUGUUUCUUGUAGAUUAUGGCUCCGGCGAAGAAGACACGGUUAACUACGUGGUUGGUGUGCAGGGAGAAGAACCGAAGAUUCGGGCGAUGCUUCAUUGGAAAUACGAAUGUUGUCUUUGUCUCCCCGAGGAAAACUGAUUUUUCCCAGCUUUACAGAUCGCCCCUCGCACACACAAGAAGCUGAGUGGCAGCAGCAGCAGCAGCAGAUGUCGUUAUUUUUUUUCACACACACAAACAAUGGCGUAGCUUUUGGUUUGUAGUCUUCGAGUGUGGAGGGAAUAGUUUCUUGUGUAACAAGGUGUCGACCCGCGCGGUGGGCGUAAGUUCCGCCAGGUUUCCACACCGUGACAGGCGCAGUUGGCUGCCCUCUAGUGAUGGGAAAGCUUGUCGAUUUUCGUUUUGUUUUUUUGUAUGUCCCCGUGUCGUGUGAGGUGCGCAGGUGGUGCUGCUGCGUUCGUCUCAUCAUAUCGUUUUCUUGUGUCUUGCUUUGUAUAGCUCUCGUCGAUGAUUUGUCCUUGCUCUACAUGUAGACGAUACUGGAUUGAGUCCCUUUCGUUGUAGAAAGAUCCCUUGCAUGCCGUUGUACAUCGCCGUUGACCGGAUUGGUUUUAUAGGCAAGGGUUAGCGUACGAAUGUCGAGCGGGCGCUGCAACGCAUGGUUUUUGGGGCGCACCUGGGGUAGAAUGAUUUCCACAAUAAUAUACGUACGGCCCGAAACAAGUUAAAGUGUGGAUUGGUGGUAACUUGUAAUCUUGUACCCCAAGGCUCGAGUGUACACGUGGGUUCAGGAUGGUUGCUCAAAUAUUAGUUCGGAAGUCGGAAGCACACGUUGCUGACUGCCAUCUGCCUCUUGUUCUCUUGUGGGGGCAACAGAGAGCGUCGCUGUUGGUACGGGGCGGGUCAGGAGAUUGGCCUGUGUUUGAGAAGAAACCCGUUUUUGCCCGUGCGCAUGGUUCGCGACCUAGCUAGUUGGUUUGGCUGGCACAACAGAUGUUGAUGCUUGCGCUUGACCCGCGCCGCCAGGUGGCCGUCGACGUUUUACUCUUGCUCUGCUUGCGUUCCCUUGCCCACCGUCGAAAUCUGUCGCGUUGUGCACGUCGUGUGUGACUAUUUUUCAUACAUACAUGGUACCCGUUGUGAAAUGCCCUUCUGGGGCUGCGGAGCUUGGGCUCCUUCCCCCCGCGUUGGCGUACCAUCCACCAGCACGAAGGCA